AUGGGGGAUGCAGAAAUCAAAAUAGUGUGUUAUGCUGACGAUGCCGCUCUCAUUGCAGAAAGUGAAGAUACAUACAAAGGUUAUUACACUUAUUCAACGUCAACAGCCCAGACUCUAACUAUGGAAAUAUCACCGACCAAAACAAAGUGCUUAACAACAUCAAAAACGCCUCUAAGAUGCAAACUGGAACUUGACGGUGGAGUAAUCGAGCAGCAAAUGAAAUUUAACUACUUUGGCGUGGAACUUUCCGGCUUUGGGGAUAUUGAGACAGAUGUGAGAGAUCAAACAACAAAAGCAAUUCGAAUAGCUGGCUGUCUGAAUGCCAUAUGGUGCAAUAAGAGUAUGGGAACGGACACUAAAUCGGGGAUCUACAAAACCGUCGUGAGGCCGGUGAUGACAUAUACCGCAGACACCAGACCAGAAACAAAAAACAGAAAAAACCAAAAGACUCCUAGAGGCAGCAGAGACGAAAAUAUUCCGUAG